AUGCAUGGAUCUCUGGUGGCAGCUUCCUGGCACGCAAAGAGAACACAAGGUUUACCAGACUGUCCCGAGACGCCUCCAGAUCUGAAAGGACCUCUGCGUGUGGAAUUUAACUUUGAAGUGAAGUUGGAUGAUUUGAAGAAGCAAUACAAUCAAACUCUUCAAGAAGGAGGACGAUACAAGCCACCAACUUGCAACUCUAAACACAAGGUGGCUGUGAUCAUAUCUUUCCGAAACCGGCCGGACAUGGUGACUGGGAAAUACAAGAUGAUCAGACAUAACAGGGACAAGCACAAUGAAGCCAACUCACAGAAUCCUGGAAAACUUUCCCAGACUAAGAACACCAUGGAUAAGGACGGGAUGAACACACUUACAUAUACGGUCAAGAAGAUUGAGAAGAAUGUACUGUACACUUUUAUUACUGUGGACAUUCAGGCCCCAAUGAAUUGA